AUGGCCGCAAUAACCUCCUACUGGAGACUCCAUGUGGUGGUAUUCCUUCUUCUCAUUCCCUUUUACGCACUGAAAUAUGAGACCGGAGAUUCCAAGAAAACUGUUCUUGAUUCUGGAUAUUCAGACGAUGCCGGAAAUGAAAGGGCCACAUUUUUGAUUCUUUGUCGAGAUGAAGACGUCUAUGAACUUCUAGAAACGGUUCAAAAUCUCGAGGACAGAUUCAACAGCAAAUACAAUUAUGACUAUACAUUUUUGAACAAUGUGCCUUUCUCCAAAGAUUUCAUAUACUUGUUAGCCUCGCAUAUCCCCCUGGGCACCCUCAACUUUGGCUCUGUGGCCGAAAGUCACUGGCAAUAUCCGUCUUUCAUAAACCAGACCCAGGCUCAAAUCGUGCGACAGAAUUCAGCCCAUUUUCCAUAUGGUGAUUCAGAAAGCUACCGACACAUGUGUCGCUAUUUUAGCGGGUUCUUCUACAAGCAUCCGUUCCUACAACAAUACCAAUACUACUGGCGUGUAGAGCCUGGUGUAAAGUUUUACUGUGAUGUCAACUACGACGUGUUCAAGUUCAUGAACUCUCACGGGAGGAAAUAUGGAUUCGUUCUUUCAUUGUUUGACUACAGAGACACCUUGCCAACAUUGUGGGAUCAUGUCAAGGACUUCAUGGUAGAGAAAGGCAUCACAAAUCCUCCUUUAAUCGAUUUGGUAAAGAACAAUAACGUUUAUGAAUCCUAUAAUCUCUGCCAUUUCUGGUCCAACUUCGAGAUUGCCGAUUUGUCCAUAUUUCGCAAUGAAGAAUACGAAGAAUUGUUCCAGUAUCUUGACGGAAAGGGUGGGUUCUACUACGAGCGAUGGGGCGACGCUCCGAUCCAUACCAUGGCAAUGUCGUUGUUUCUCCAGAAACACGAUCUUCAUUGGUUUAAUGACAUAGGCUACUACCAUGCACCGUACCUCCAGUGUCCACAGGAGUCAGCUACGUUUCUCAAGAACAGAUGCAGCUGCAAUCCCGACGAUGACUUCUCGUACGACGAUUUGAGUUGCACCAGUCAUUUUCUCGACAUCAUGGGUAAUGCCUAA